AAGAAGAAAGAAGAAAGAAGAAGAAGAAAUAUAUAUUCUUUUUUUAAAAAAAGGUUUUAAAAAAUACCCAUUUUUUUUCUCUCCCCUCUCUCUCUCUUAAGCUCCAAAAGAGAGAUUGGCCAAAAAAAAAAAAAAAAAGAAUGGACAAAACAAUAAUGAAUUAUUGUUAUUGGUUAGUAAUGAUGAUGAUGAUUAUGGGUUCAUGCGUUGAUGCAUUCACUCAUAUUGUUGGUGGAAGCCAUGGUUGGAGAGUCCCUGAAAAUGAUUCCUUUUUUGAUCAAUGGGCUAAACCAAGAACCUUUGGUGUUGGUGAUAGGCUUGUUUUCCCGUACCGAGCUGGUGCGAACAACCUAGUGACAGUAAAGAAGGCAGACUAUGAUACAUGUGGGGAAGAAGAAGUAAUAUACAUGUAUUUUCUAGGGCCAACAGUAGUGAACCUAACAAAGGCUGGUGAUUACUAUUACUUUGAUGGAAUUGGAAAGCAUUGCGAAGCUGGUCAGAAGCUCCACAUCCAAGUUGGUACCAAAGAAGGAAGCUCUGGGUCUGAUCCUUUACCAUUUAACCUCGAAACUUUUGGAAUCCACACCAAUUUGGGGCCAGCCCUUUCCCCUCAAGGCCAAAUGGAUGCCGAAUCCGUAUCCCAAGCCCAAUCCCCAUCCGGUACUCCCGCUCACCCAUCCAAUGCCUUCCUUCUUCUUCCUACACCAAUGUUAUUGGCUCUUAUCAUUCCUACCCUUUUUUCCAUUUUUCUUUCAUUCCCAUUUCCAUAUAUUAAGUAAUUCCUUUCCCUUUUCUUUUUCUUUUUCUUUUUCUUUUUAAUGUGUAUCAAUCUUUUGUUCUUCCAAAUUCCUAUUUUCAUGUGUUCCCAACCUUCCAAAGAUCAAACUAUAAAUCCAUUUCUUCUGUCU